AUGCAGCUUAAUCAAUGUUAUCACGUACAAGCUUAUAUAAAUGAGUACCAUAAAUCACGCUACGGUUCAUUAUAUCAUACAUCAAUCUUUCUAACGGCCAUUUUGCCCAUCUUACAUGAAGCUUCUCAUUUUGUCAACUGUAAAGAUCUAUGUUAUAACCUUCUCGUCGAUCUCAGAGAUUUCAUAACAGCAGGUGAAAAUGAAGACCUAGCAAAGAAGCUGCAAGUUAAUUGCGAAAAUAGAAUGUUUGAUGUAUUGGAUCAUAGUAUAAUUGUUAGAAGGUGUUCGGAUUUCUGCAAAAAAACUGCGCCAGUAAUUGCAGGGGAUAAAGAGCUCAAGGAGCAACUCAAAAGCACGGAUUGGAAGAAGACAGUCAGUGUUUACUGCAAGGAGUAUGCUUGCAAACCAUGCCCAAAACUCCCGCUUUACAUGUCCUUAAUGAAGAAUAAAACCUUUUGAAGAUCGCUAUGUCAGAGAUGAAUAUUGUACAUAACUUCUGUCAUGCCUG